UACCACAAUAUUUUGUACAACGUUAGAGCAGCAAGACUACAGUGUAUCGUAUAUGGGUUGGCUAGACUUAGAACUUAAAGCCAAGGUUAGAGGUUAUUAAAAAAUAUUGAAUCGGUACCACAGACAAGGUUUAUACUGGAAUCACGGUGCUGAUAGCAAUAAAAGUUGUUUGUAAAUAAUAACUAAAAAGUGGAUUUUAUUAGACAAUGAAUUAAAAAUUAUUAGAACACAAGAAUGUGCCACAUUCGAAGUUCUUUUCAUGGUGAAAUCGACGAAAUACCUGAGAUUUACAUUGACAAUUUUGAAAAUGCCGAGAAAAGAAUGGCCAGAGCUUACUUCCUCAGUCAUUACCACUCGGAUCAUGUACAGGGAAUACAUUCAGCUGCCUUAUUGGCGACAUUGGAAAAGACAAAGGCAUUUAUUUACACUAGUAAACUGACUGCUACAAUCGUCAAUUUUGAAAAGUGCGAUUCAAAACUGAUGAACUACGUCAAGGGUCUCAAAACAGGUUCUACUCUAAUCACCUUACCAGGAACACAGAACAUGCCAGAAACUUCAAUGACAGUAACUCUGAUACCAGCUGCUCACUGCGUCGGUUCAACCAUGUUCCUUUUCACAUAUGAAUCAAAAAAAAUACUAUUCACCGGUGAUUUUAGAAUCAACUGCAACGAUUUAACCAAAUACACUGCAUUGCAUGAUAACGGAGCACCAAUAAAAUUGAAUACUGUAUACAUAGAUACAACAUUUAUUAAUUUGGAAUACGAUUUCUUUCCGAAGCGCAAUGACAGUGUCGAUAAAUUAAUAUACCAUGUAAAGAAAUGGUUAAAUUUUAAUAGUAAAAAUUGUUUAGCGAUUUAUACUCCAGCCAAGUACGGUUAUGAAUUUGUUUUCAAUGCAAUAUAUGAGCAAUUGGGUAUGAAAGUAUAUGUCAGCACAGACAGAUGGGCGUUGUAUAGCACCAUACCAAAUUUGGUACCAGGCGUGACAAAUAAUAAAAAUGAAACGAAAAUACACUUGUGUAGAAAUAGAAACGAAAAAGCUCCCCACGAAGAGUGUAUAGGGUACAAUAAUAAGAACUUUUUAUAUGUCUACCUAUCAGCUAUGAAAUGGCAACGUAUUACGGAGGACUUUUCUUCAGUCGAGUUUGUGACGCCGACGCGGCUGGACGUCUGCUUCGCUACGCACUGCAGUAGGAAGGAAAUAUAUUAUUUUGUUAAUUAUUUAUCACCCGACAGAGUUGUCGGAUUUCCUAAUAAGUUUGUGGAAAUGUGUAACAAGAGGGGGAGUGAACUGAAGUUUGACAGGGAAAUUAAGAAGGGGAGGGUAGACAAAAAAGUUGAUGAAGACCUCUUGAGGUUAAUUCUGUGCCAAAUUGGGAAAGUUAAUAUGUCAAGUGAAACGCAUUUUCUGUGUUACAUAUUAUCGUUGUACAUUAUUUUUGCAAGUGCAAGACAGAAAAGAACUGAGAAAUUAUAUAACCACACCAAGCCCAAUUCAAAAUACGACAAUCCGAAUUUCAUCCGAGACAGAUAUCAUGAUGAAAUAUGGAAGCCGAUGAUGCCCGAAGCCUGGGUGAACCGGUACAACAAGCCGUUCAACCCCGCAUGGAUGGACUACUGUGAUCCCUACCACUGUAACGACUACCACAAGCUCGCGUGCGGACUGAACCGACGUACCAUGAGGUUCAAGUGGUUUCAAAGCGCGUGCCAUGUCAUACUGAACAACAUGUGCGCCAAUUAUCGGGGAGCUCUCCGUUACGAUGUGGUUGACACAAAGUACUGCAGUAAACACGUGAUGUUCUUACGUUUCGGCUGUCCGUCGGUCUGCCCUAACAAAUUGGACCCUAUAUGUGGCAUCAGUUCCAUAGACAAUCAAGUCGUCAUGUUUAUGAAUAAAUGUGCUAUGGAACGAGCGAACUGCGAAGGGAAUCAUCCAGAAGUUCAAUGUUUAAUCAAGACGAGUUUCGAAAGAACGGCUACUGUAAGCCAAAAAGAAAGAAUAAAAAUAUUGAGACAGAAAAUACAAGAUGAAAUUCAUUCAAACACCAAGGCUACCGAUUUGAUAAACCCUUUAGACAUCGAAGACUCUUCAAUAGAAGCUUUAGAACAUGAAAUAAAUGAAAAUUUACCAAUUACCCCCAUUUUGGAAUACAUUAACAGAAAAGAGAGCGCUAAGUUUAAAUCAAGCGCGCUUACAACUGACAAGUUUGACAUUAAAAUCGGCGGUAAUAAAGGCAAAGGCAAAUCACAAGAUGGCGAUAAAGGCAAUGGUAACGCAUCAUACAGCCAUUUGCGUUCCAGCAUACUUAAGAAAAAACUUCUUACAAAACCUGGGGAAAUAUUUUAUAGAAGACUUUAUAACACAGAAUUCUUUGAUAAACAGUUAGAAUGGGUGCAUUGUCAAGAUAUUAUAACGCCAUUCCUUACUGGCGCUAAACUUAAUAUCAGUGAACCUAAGGUGCUUCAUUCGAAACACCCAACUGUUUUAAGACUUAUUUCCCUUCUAAAUGUCAAUACAACAUCGUAUGGCAGAGAGGAUAUCUACUCCAUACUAUAUCAAAUUAGCAAUUUGAACUUGCGUUUCUUUCGAUGGGAUGUCAAUUCUAUGAAAAUGUUGUUCAAUGUUAUCAUCAAAGAGAAAAAACAUACCUUAGGCAGUCUGAAGCACGGUCUUCGGGAACUAUUCAACAAAUGGCGCCUAGACUUUAGUAAUAGCACAACCCUGUUGCGACAAGCGAGGAUUUUCCGCCCGCCCUGCGUAGUUGUAGCUACAGAUGGUGGCUCCACUAAGUCACCAAAAGUGACAAAAUAUCCGAAAAAAACUAAACCCACAACACCGUGUGAAGACUAUGAUGAUUGCAAAUAUUGAUUUAUGUUGAAUAUCUUUUAAAAUAAAACAAAAAUACAUUUUUGAA